GCUUCAUACACAAACACGCUCAAUGUAAACCAUUGGAAUGUUUUUAGAGAAGACAUCUGUUCUAUCUAGUUGAACCUAAAUCUCUGUCGUUAUUUUCCGUUUUACCAACAGCGCAGAUGUAUUAAUAUCACGAGCCACCCAUAGCCGGCUUAAUGAUGUAGUGAGUUAAUGCUCAUAGCCAACGGAAAAGAUGGGGAUGUUUUUUUUUUAGUUCAGAUUGUGUGUUUUACUCUCUUACUCUCGAUGCUACGCACUGACUCACCAUCGAAGAUUCUCUGUUUACCCACCAAUACUGUCUAUCUUUUGCUUGAACACGCAUUGUGACACAUACAAACGCUCCCGGUGCAAUUACAACGAAUGCAGCAGUAUUUGAAAGGCGAUUGAGUUGCGUACUACUACAUUAAAUCAUCUCGAUUAUACAAAUCAUACCGCAGAACCGUCAUAGUGUUAGUCUUUGAAGGGUCGCAAUCGUAUCGUCGCCUUUCAUUCAUUCGGAACCCGUAGAUCGCGGAUAGAUAGGCAGAUCGUUUAUUUCUGUCGCUGACAGCGGUCAUAUGUGCGCGCUAUAGUGUAAAAUAAUACGAAUUAAUUUCUUGCUUGCUCUGUGUACCGUUCAUCUGAUGUGCGAAAAUGUGAUUCAUAUUUCAAUUCCUGUGUGAAAUGAAAUUAUGCUUAAAAAAUUGUGUUUUAAAAGAAGUUGUUGUGGUGUUGUGAAUCAUAAGUGUUCCCCACACCUGCAUUAAGCAAUUUUAUUAGUGUUUCUGAUAAGAGCGCUCAACCAUUAUCUGUGUUAUCACUUAAUGAGUUAAAAACUGGUGCCAGCUCGCGAAUUGAAUUCAAUUUGUUAGCACUCAGGUUCCUCUAAACGAAAUCCUACGCUGUUUGUGUGAAAAUUUGCUGUGUAUUUGUUACUUCAGUCGAUGCGGAGUAUUCUUAGCCAAUUUGGAAUGGCUUGUAAGAAUGGCUAGAAGAAGCAAAACAAUCAAUUUAUAAUGCUGUAAAUAAUUUGUGCAAAAGUUCUAUCCUCGAUUGAUACUACAAUUGUCUUGCAUCGAUGGAGAAUAAAAAAGAUAUGAGCAAUGAGAAACAUAGAUCAACAGCAGGACAUCCAGCAGAUACUUCGCAACCAUUGCAACCGUUCCCUUCGCCAAGAUCGCGGUCUCAUCCCGUAAUUUGUGACGUGACGCGCCUUGAAACUAUCCGCGAGCGUAAUAGCGUCUACAGCGAGGAUGGCGAGUUCAUUGACUUGCCUCUCCCACCCGUUCCAAAUGGUUGUAAUAUUGCAAGGGCAGAAGUUUCGGCGGUGGAUAGUGAACAUGACAGUCACAGGAAGAAUUCCGACAUUGCAUCGGAAGCAGCUGCAUAUUUGCAAUCACGGCUGCGCGAUUUUGAAGAAGCAGACGUUGCGACAAGCAGCGUCGAGGGCAUUAAAAAAUCAAUACGAUCACCUGCCAUCGAUUGCGAUUCGGAUGUCGGUUGUGCUAGUGAUUUGACAAAAAUAAACAAAACACAAUUGUUUCUAGUGGAAGAAGAUGUAAAGUCAAUCGAUAGCAGCACAGCCUCAAAUACAUUGCACAAAAGCUCAUGGAGUGUUGCUUCCAUUGGUUCAACCGGUGGCGAAUAUUCAAACGGAGAUUACAGGCCUGGCUGUUGCUCCGAAAGCAAUGAAAGUGACGAAGGUGACCAACCAGAGGAAGAUGACUACGGCGAACAUUCAUCUGGAUAUCGGGAUAGAUCUCCAUUCCUUCGUUCAAUUUCCCUAUCACCGGUAGAACGUCGCUUUCGUAAACUGUCCACUACUCGCGAGCGUCGACGUCGUGCUAGCCAGUCUAGCUCUGGCCAGUCCCGAGCCGUUGAUGGCUGGAAACGCCAACAAUCAUUACCGUAUGCUGAUCAUGAAGCAGAAGAUUCAACUUGCUGUGAUGAUGAUUUUACUUGGGUGUAUUCUCAUGACCGCCCAGAAGCACCGAAAGCAUCUGUUGAGUCUGAUCGACGAUCUAUUUCGCAAACAACAGCAACCCGAUCGGUUCCACGUGAUCAACGCAGCCUAGAAAUGUCACAUCAAAAAAAGCAACAGUCUCAGUCGAGCGGAUCUACUACAAUUGGCGUAGGUGAAGUUGUUCCUAGUGGAAAACCACCCAGACCUUCACGAGAAGCAGGCAGUUUAGAUCGACGAAGGAACUUAAGCUCAAGUCGUCACGAGCGAGAUGGUAAAAGUCGCAGUACACAUUCACUCAAAGAAAAAUCAUCCUCGUCUGAGCUUCACAAACAUGAUUCUAUGUCGAGCAAUCUUAGCUUAAAUUCCAAAGAUCAUCUUUAUGAUUCAGGUAGCUUUAAUAACUACAACAGUAGCGGGAGUGGCAGUCAACAUCAACACCAUUCUUGUCCACCACAUCAGCACAACUCUCGGCUAAGUCCUGGCAUUUGGGAGCCGCCUCCACCACCUCCUUUGUCUCCAUGGGAUCCACAUUACUACUGGGGCUAUCCACACCAUCAUUCCCAUCAUCAAAGCAGAGAGGAGUUAAGGUUGAUCGACUAUCAUCGUCGACAGCAGGAACUGUAUCAACAUGGAAGUAACAGUGCCUUAGGUAGUACACAAGAUUUAUCUUGCUCUAGCGGCUGCUGCAGUCGGAACUACUAUCAUUAUCCACCAGUGCCACCAUGCUGUUCAAUGGAUCAUCGACCACAAUGGAGCAACGAUGUUCAGCGCCAAGAUACGGAUGAACGGCUACGACGUCUACAAAAGGAUAAAGAAUCCCUUGCUCUGCAGGUUAAAACGCUUACAGAGCAAGUGCAAUCGCAAUCGACCAAACUCAGUGAAUUAGAAAACAUGAUAAAAGAGAAGAAUCAGCUACUGUCUAACGCGGAAGAUCUUCUCCAGCGAGUAAGCGUAUUUGCAAAAACAGUUGGCAUCCAGAUUGACAAACAAAAAGAAAUGCUUUCGCGAUCUUCUCUUGAAACUCAGAAAUUAGAGCUUAUGUCAGCAAUGAGUGAGCUGAAACUCCAACAGGCUGCUCUAGAAAGAGAAAAUCUGGAACUGCGUACAAAUUUUGUAACAAACACCGUAGGAUCAGCAGGAUUGAUAAAUGGAGGUCUUACUAAUGGGAAUGGAAGCGGAGCCACGAUAACAAAUGUGCUUAAUAACAAUAGCAUUACGUCUAGUUUACUCAGAAGACCUCAGAUUAUUACGAACACUAGAAUGGUAGGCAUGUCACCCUCAGCGCCAGGUGCAUCGCUGAUCUCAUCUCCAAUACAUCAUGGCAGCCACGGAAGCUUACCGCAAACAGCAAUAAGUCCUAUAACUCCGAAGACCCCACCUGCAUCUUAUCGGCAACGUAUCGAUGUUCAUUACAGUAGUCUUCCACGGCAAGCUUUUGCUACCACAUUAUCGACAGUUAGCACAUCCAGCGGCUCUUCGACAACCACCGAUAGUAACGCCAACCCCAAACGAAUCGUAGCUUUUGCUACGGCGCUACAACAACGUGCUGAAUCCAAUCUAAAAAAUAUGAAAACUGCAUCAGCAUCUGCACAAGAGCUUGCAUUCGAUUCUGCAACCACUGACCAUGGUGAUGUAGCUAGAACGAAAAGUGAAGUACAUCGUUUAGAUAAUGAGCUCCGGCAGCAAGAACGCGCAAACACUGAACCUCCAUCGCCAACGUUAUUAGAUGACGAAGCAAGAGCAUCAUGCAUUGUCGAUGAAAGUACACCGAAUACAACCAUGACGAACUGCGACAUGGCAGCGACAUCCGAUACACUUCAACGAUUAAAAUUGCCGCGUUAUGAUUCAAAGCCCGUUGCAAGACCAAAACUCGGCGAAAUCGAUAAACUACGAGGAUUUUCUGUACCAAAUCUAGCUGAAACAGAAAAUCGCGACACCGGGAACUCGGACCAAACUGAAGGUGUUACUCCCGCCCGAAGCUUUACUCCCCAACCAUCACCAUCACCGUCAAUGAGCAACAAAUUGAAAAAUAUUUUUGGCAAGAUCAAACGCAGCAAUAGUGGAACCUUGGAUGAUAUGACGUCUUCUGACGGAGAAUUUAAACGCGGAGGAGUUCGUGCUACAGCUGGCGCACGUCUAGGAUGGAGUGGAAUGUCUCAGUAUCGCAAGCCCGACAAACCGUUUCACGAAUGGGACUUAGAUGCAGUCUGCCUAUGGUUUGAUCAUCUUGGCUUAAGCAUGUAUGAAGAGGAACUACGAAGAUGGUUAAAGUUGAGCUCGCUACCCGGAAGUGAAUUGAUGAAAGCAUCUCCAGUAGAUUUCGAAAAAGAGUUACCUUUGCGGAACCCGUUGCAUCGGAAGAAGAUAGUGCUAGCUAUUGCCGACAUCUCGGGAACAGCGAACGAUGAUGAGCUGUUUAAGUGCGCUGGAAAGCUGGAUACUUCAUGGGUCCAGCGAUGGUUAGAUGAUGUUGGCAUGCCCCAAUAUAAGGACACAUUCAUAGCAGCGCGAAUGGAUGGUCGAAUGUUGCAUAAAUUAACGAUGGACGAUUUGGUUCAUUUGCAAAUGUCGUCUUGCCUACAUGUGGCAAGCAUUCGACGCGGCAUACAGCUUAUGCGUAGUGAAAAAUGGAAUCCGGACUGUCUUAUCCGUCGGCCAUUGCAAGUCGAUUUGAAUGCCAAAGACGAUGUCAGAUUGUGGACUUCUCAAAGAGUUCACGAAUGGCUUCGUGCGGUUGAUUUAGCAGAAUAUGCUCCAAAUUUACGUGGCUCUGGCGUACAUGGUGCGCUUAUGAUAUUUGAAGUUAAGUUCACGGCCGAGCUUUUCGCCGAUUUGCUGAACAUACCCUCAAGCAAAACGUUAUUACGUCGUCAUUUGGCAACUCAUUUCAAAGAUCUUCUUGGACGCGAUAUCAUACAAGUAAAACGAGAAGCUGAAAACACUCUUGGAUUCCAACCGUUAACCAUUUCCGCUAAAAUAAAGACACCGAAAAAGUCUCAAUUCUCCUUGAAACGUAAAAAAAGCAACAAAGGUGGUCAACUAGGUGGAGAAGAAUGGAGCGAUUAUGUGUGUCCAAUGGGUGGCUCAGGUCAGGAACAUUUAGCGCCAGCAACUUCUAUGGCUUAUGCUUCAACUAGCACCAAUCCAGGCGGCAACAAUCCAAGUGCUGCUUCUGCCUUUACUUCAAACGCUUCUUCUGCUAACACUAAUAUUGUCACUACCAUUGGCAUGAUGAAGGAUCUCUCAACGGUACCAACUGCUUGUCCCGACAACACACCCAGCAUCACCACCAGCACAACUACUUCCGGAGUCGGGUCGGAGCAUGCUUCACUUCAUCGUCAGCCGUCGAGUAGCAGUUCACAAUUUAUGACUACGCCGUCAUUGAUAAAUAAUGCCAUUGCGAAUGGUGGAGGAGGAGGCAGCGAUUCACCAAUAUCGGUACGCAGUUCCACUACUUCAACUUCCUAGCAGAGGCUGUUUUCCUGUUCCGUGUCGUCAACCACUUCCUCACCUGUGCUCAGCAGUUUGUUAACGAACAACAACCGUUCUUUAACGGCAGAUAACGACAAUAAUCCAACAUGCGCCAGCUUUACCGGUAACGUUAUUGCAUCCUUCUCUCCAGUUAAGGAUGUUUAUAACAUUAGCUCGGUCAACCAUUCUACUUACUCUUCUUCAUCGUCGCUGGUAUCUAAUAACUCCUCGAAAAAACAACAAUCGACUACAGUGACACUAAUCGGAAGAAAGUUGGCAGAAGUCAUCUCGCCGUCAAAUGUUUCUAUUAAACAGGUAAAUGAAAACUCUGCAGAAAACGAUGCAUCCAACAUUCCGGUGCAGCGUUCGUCCUCGUUCAAUUCCGCGUGUACGGUGCCAUUGAGCAUAAGCAAAACAGUGCAGGUGAAAAAUUCAGCUUCGUUUAGCAAUUGUUCGCUUCUGGCAAAAGUGGCCAAAAGGAGCUCUGUCUUGACAACUCUAACCACGAACCCGUUACUUAAAUUUACUUCUAACUCGGCUACCAAUCUUUUGAAGCAUCAAACCACAAAUGUAUCCUCUAGUUCGGCAAAUUCGAUUUCAUACCAAAGCAAUAUAACGGAAACACUUGCAAACGCUGGAAGUAAUAAUCACACCCAAACUGUGCGAACUAAAUCUGCUGCUGGUGGUAGUCUUUCAUCCUCCACUGGCCAACUACCUUCACCAUCGAUGACUUCUAUUUCAUCCAGCACAUCAACUGUGGCGAAUGGGCCAACCAGUAGCAUAAGUAGCAGUCCCAUUGCACUUAAUCAAUCGACUAGUACGACGGCUCUUUCAUUGGCUCAAUUCAAAAAUAAUAGUAUCGUUGAUUAUUAUGUUUAAACAGCACGUACAUAGCUAUUUGGCGUAAUCUAAAUGCUCGAAAUAGUAAUUUUCUUUCAUGAAAGCAAACCUGUAUCUAAAUUGAUGUACCUAAUCCACUCCACGGUUUAUUGAAAUUUUAUAUGAAAGAAUUUGCAUUUGCAUUUGCACAAUGGGUUGGAUAUUUUGAUAAAAUAUUAAACAUGUUAAGAAUGGAGCAAUGAUAAUUGUGGAACAUUAAACUUAAAUGUAGCAAGUUUAGACGAAUCAUUUAAAUAACACACGCUGCGACGAUGUCACAAUGUAUAACUCUAUCCACGGCAUUAAACUAUAAUAUGAGGCUUUCAGAAAACCAUAUUUGCAUUGAUUAGACUGCAGAGUUUUGUGCUGCAUGGAAGCAAGUGAAACUACUAUGGACCAAAUUUAUUGUAGACAGUCUCCGAUGAUGACCCGCGAUCAUUAUUUUGAAAAUUGUAGAUUAGAAAAAGACAUCGAAACCCUUAAGCGAGUUACUCACGUUUCUAAAAUGCUCUCGUCGUAUCAUACAUAUUCAACACAGGGUAAUGAAGUGGUUUCUGGUUUAUACAAUACUGUUACAUUUUUACGAUGAUAAGAAGAACGUGAAAUAGGAGAAACGAAAAGCUGUAGUUUGAAAACACGUUAAAAGAUACUAUUGAAUUCAGUGUACACUCUGGUUCUUUGACUACACCACAGUCAACUUAAAAUAAAGCAUGUUACACCCAGAUGAAAGCCAAAGACAAUAAUCAGCCCUUGCGAUGGGCAAAGAAAAGAAAAGAUCCAUGCGAUGCACAUAGAACAUAUCUUCAAGGGUCUGCACUAUUGUCUACCAUUGUUUGCUUAGCGGUUAGGCCGUUACAAGCCGAUCAAUAACGUUUUUGAUACCAUGUACUGCAGUAAAUCUUUCAUUGUAUUUGGAUUGACCAGAACCAUGUUUCUUUUUAUCAAUAAUCGUUUGAUUUUACAACAUAAUCUGAUAUUUUUGGAUCCACUAUUUUUAAUAUCACAUCAUUAUCAACGUGUCAUGCGUGUGUGGCAAAUAAACAAACCAAACAAGAUAGUUGUUACCAUUUUCAACAAAGUUUUUUCAAAAACAAAAACUAAUCAAUCAGUUCAUCUAUCACUUUACAAGUAGCUUGUUGUAUGACGGUAGACAACGCAGAAACUAUGUAGGUCAUUUUCGCGAUAAACAUUCGAUAAUAUAAUAUAUUUAAUGGAAUGAAAUAAAUAGUCAAUGGGAUUUCAUAGGUAAAAAUAUGAUUUUUCGAAGUUACAGUUUGUGUCAGCGAAGAAUAACAUGCAUUAAUAGUAGGAAAUUUUAGAUAAAACAUGUUUCGAUUCGACUAUUAUCGAAUUGGUAAAUUGAGAAAUUAUUACCUGACAAGAUUAAACGACACUUUUGAAGGGAUAAACAUUUACAUGAUUAAGUCCGAAGGGACAAAGAGACUGUGCUGAUACCGAUUGGAAACAGUUGAUCAAAAUUAUAAGUAAAAAUAUAUGUACGCGCACAGGUUGAUAACAUUGUACAAUUGAUUAAAUUAUGAAUGUUUCAUGCCUUGCGCAAAGCUGAGUGCAGAAUACAUUUGAAGUGACAGACAACUUACGUCUAUACUUAAAUUAAAUUUAUUUGGUUUUAAAAUGUUCAAUGCUCUAUGUUAAGUUGAAUAAAAACUACCCUGAUUACAUAAAAACAAUCAUGUGGAACAUAAAAACGAAAAUCCACCUACGAACUCAAUAUCGAACGAUAAAACAUAGAAACAAUGUGAGAGUUACGAAAAUGAUAAUAUUGCAAGUAAUAAUUAUAUAGUAACAUUGCAUACAAUCGAUACAUAAGCGUUACGCAUCCGUAGUUUGAGAGUUACAAGUGCAGUAACAUGAACCACCUAAACAACAGUUUAAUAGUGAACAUGCGAUGAGAAUAUGUGUUGUCGAUACAGCGCCAUAUCGCGAAUUGUUUUUGCAUGAAUUACAUGCUAAAAUGACAUGAAAUGUUAAUAAAGUGAUUUAUUGGAUACAUAACGAAA